AGGAAUUUGGAGAAGAUGAAGAGCGAGUGGCAGGAGAUGGAGCUGGUCCUCCGUCCGCACCGAGAGACGGACACGUGGGUUCUGGCGGCCGUCGAGGAUAUUCAGUUCCUCCUUGACGACCACAUUGUCAAGACGCAGUCCAUGAGGUCCUCGCCCUUCAUCAAGCCCAUUGAGGCCGAGGUGGCCGCGUGGGAGACAACCCUGGCGCAGCUGCAGGAGGUGGUGGACGAGUGGCUCCGGGUGCAGGCGACGUGGAUCUACCUCGAGCCCAUCUUCGGGUCUCCGGAUAUCAUGGCUCAGAUGCCCGAGGAGGGACGCAGGUGGGACAAGACCCUGGAGGCUGGGGAACCCUCGGAGCUCCUGGAGUUGAUCCAGCGCGGCCUCAACGAGUACCUGGAGAAGAAGCGCCUCUACUUCCCCAGGUUCUUCUUCCUGUCCAACGAGGAGCUGCUCGAGAUUCUGAGCGAGACCAAAGACCCCAGCAGAGUACAGCCUCACCUGAAGAAGUGCUUCGAGGGGGUCAACUCCUUGGACUUCGGCGAGGACCUGGAGGUGGUGGCCAUCAGGUCAAGCGAGGGCGAGGUCAUCGGCCUGACCACCAUCAUCAGCACAGCCAAGGCGAGAGGGCAGGUCGAGAAGUGGCUUGUGCAGCUGGAGGCUAGUGUCAAGGCCAGUAUUAAGAAGGUAGUGAAGUCGUGCAUGGAGGCGUACACCACGAAGCCACGAGAGGAAUGGGCGCUGGAGUGGCCGGGGCAGGCGGUUCUCUGCGUCUCACAGACAUUCUGGACCACAGAGGUGUCGAGGGGCAUGAGGGAAGGAACGAAACAGAUGGAGGAAUAUUAUGAACUUUGCAACAAGCAGAUCGAGUUGGUCGUGGGCCUCGUGCGCGGACAACUCUCGAAGCAGAACAGGACGACGCUAGGCGCCCUCGUGGUACUGGACGUCCACGCCCGUGACGUCAUGAAAGAGGAACUCAUUAAGAAGAAAGUGACUGACCUCACUGACUUCACCUGGUUAUCUCAGCUCAGGUAUUACUGGCAGGACGACAUCCUCAAAGUCCGGAUGAUCAACGCAGAACUGGAAUACGGUUACGAGUACUUGGGCAACACAGGCCGCCUUGUCAUCACCUCGCUCACCGAUCGCUGCUACAGGACGCUCACACAGGCCCUCAUGCUGAAUCUAGGCGGCGCCCCCGAAGGCCCUGCCGGCACUGGCAAGACGGAGACCACGAAGGACCUCGCCAAAGCCGUGGCCAAGCAGUGCGUCGUCUUCAACUGUUCGGAUGGACUCGACUACAUCUCCCUUGCUAAGUUCUUCAAGGGCCUGGCAUCCUGCGGCGCCUGGACGUGUUUCGACGAGUUUAACCGCAUCGAGCUCGAGGUCCUCUCCGUCGUGGCGCAGCAGAUCCUCACGCUGCAGAGGGGGCUGCAGUCGAAGGCUCCGAAGCUCACGCUGCAGGGCACGGAGGUGAGUCUGGACCCCACCUGCGCCGUCUUCAUCACCAUGAACCCGGGUUACGCUGGCCGCUCGGAACUCCCGGAUAAUCUCAAGGCACUGUUCCGCUCGGUGGCCAUGAUGGUGCCUGACUAUGGCCUCAUCGCCGAGAUCUCCCUCUACUCCUUCGGAUUCGUGGCCGCGAGGAGCAUGUCGAGGAAGAUCGUGGCCACCUACCGCCUGUGCUCCGAGCAGCUCUCCGCGCAGCCGCAUUAUGAUUAUGGAAAGGACAUGAAACUGCGUUGCUGCCGAAUUGAAUUAAAUACCCACAUCAGUUUCCGGCAUGUCAACUUACCUAAGUUCUUGGCUCAUGACUUGCCUUUGUUUGAGGGCAUCAUCGCCGACCUGUUCCCCGGUGUCGUGUUGCCGCAGCCUGAUUACACUUGCCUCCACCGCGCCAUCAGAGAGGUGUGUUCCGGCGCCGGCCUUCGUGCUAAUGACUACUUCCUGGACAAAGUGCAACAGGUGUAUGAGACGAUGAGAGUGAGGCACGGGUUUAUGCUCAUCGGCAACCCCAUCGGAGGCAAGACGGUGGCGCUGAGGACGCUGUCGCAGGCGCUCGGAAUCAUGAAUGAGAGGGGCGAGAACCGCGUGCAGAUGUGCGUGAUCAACCCGAAGGCGGUGACGGUGGGGCAGCUGUACGGCCAGUUCGACCCCACGUCCCACGAGUGGUCCGACGGCGUCCUGGCUGUCAACUUCCGCAAGUUCGCCGUGUCUUCUUCGCCAGAUAGGAAGUGGAUCGUCCUAGACGGGCCGGUGGAUAGCGUGUGGAUCGAGAAUAUAAAUUCUGUUCUGGACGAUAACAAGAAACUCUGUCUCAUGUCGGGAGAGAUCAUCUGCCUCUCGGCCACCACUAACAUCAUCUUCGAGGUGCACCAUCUUGAGAACGCGUCGCCUGCUACGGUGUCGCGGUGCGGGAUGGUGUACAUGGAGCCCCUGGCCCUCGGAUGGCGCCCUCUGGUGGAGACGUGGCUGGCGAAGCUCCCGCAGACGCUGACGCAGCAGCACCGGGCCGUCCUCACCGCCCUCUUCCACCGCUUUGUGCCGCCGCUGCUGUGCUUCGUCAGGAAGUACCUGCUGUGGUACAAGCUGGAGCGGAGCGAGUCGUACGUGCAGAAGGGCGUGUCGCCGACCACCGACCUCAACCUCGUGCGGAGUCUCAUGAACAUCUUCGACUGCUUCCUCGAGGAGUUCACAGACCCCGCCUACACCAAGCACCACCCCGAGUCCGACAUCCGCGCGCAUCUCGAGAGCAUCUUCCUCUUCUCCGCCAUCUGGUCCCUGGGCGGCCCUCUCGACGAAGGCUCCCGGCGGAAGUUCGAUCUCGUCCUGAGGGAACUCAUCAACGGGCAGCCCAGCAAGAAGACGAUUGAAGAGUGGAGUUCUGGCACUGCCGCGGUGGCCCAGUGGUUAGAGCACUGGGCUGCGACUCUUGUGGUCCCGGGUUCGAAUCUCGGCCGCGGCAGUAAAUUGCAACAUGCCGGCGCUCCAACUGUGGUCCAAACCCGAUUUCGUGAUCUGAAGAGCGACACAAGGAGAGAGAGAGAGAACUUAGAAGGAGAGCAAAGGGUAGAGCUAAGGAGACCGAGAAAUAGAGUUAAAGAGAUCGAGAAGCAGAGAGAUAAAGAGACCGAGAAAAAGAAAACGAAAACACUAAUAUCCCCUCGUUUUCCCGUCAGCCUCGGCCUGUCAGAGGUUCCGGAGCCUCCUCAUGACUACCAGCUUCCCAUCCCCGAUGAUGACACGGUCUUCCAUUACAAGUUCGUUAAGGAGGGCCGUGGGUACUGGCAAAAAUGGAGCGAGGACCUAGCCAACGCAGCUUCCAUACCCCGCGACGUGGCUGCCCAUCAGAUCCUGGUACCCACCGUCACCACAGUUCAAGUCACCGCCAUUCUGAGUCUACUGGUGUCCCAAGCGAAGCCCCUGCUCCUGGUGGGACCUCCGGCGACGGGGAAAUCGGUCUACGUGGCGGACUUCCUGAGGAACAAGCUGAAGGCGGCGCAGUACAAGCCCAUGUUCAUCAACUUCUCCGCCCACACCAACACCACCAGCGUCCAGGACCUCGUCAUGAGCGGGCUGGACAAGCGGAAGAAAGGUGUGUACGGCCCCCCCGUGGGCAAGCGUUGCGUCCUCUUCGUGGACGACCUGAAUCUCCCGCAGACAGACGCCUUCGGCUCGCACCCGCCGCUCGAGCUCCUGAGGCAGCUGGUCGACCACGCCACCUGGUACGACAUCAGGAAGGAGGUCGAGCCAAUCCGCCUGGAGGACAUGCAGCUGGUGUCGACGAUGAGCCUGCGUGAGAGUGGAAGGACGAACCUGACGCCCCGCCUCCUCCGCCACUUCAACGUCGUCGCGGUCAACGACUUCGAUGACCAGACAAUCCACUCUAUAUUCUCCAAGAUCCUUCUAUGGCACCUGGACACGCGAGGCUUCAGCAAGAUGUUCGACCCUUGCAUCGGAGAGAUCGUGAACGGAACUCUGGAGGUGUACCGCGCCGCUGCCACCCACCUGCGCCCGACGCCCUCGCGCUCCCACUACAUCUUCAACCUCCGCGACUUCUUCAGGGUCAUUCAGGGCGUGCUGUUGUCCGUCCCCGAGACGAUGGAGGACCUGCGUUCCAUGAAGAAGAUGUGGAUCCACGAGAUUCUGCGUGUGUUCUACGACCGCCUCGUGGACAGUGGCGACCGCAAGUGGCUUCUGGAGCGAGUGUCCGAUGCCUGCACUAACCACCUGAACGAGGACUUCAACCACCUGCUGGCCGAGCUCGACGACGGGGACGACGGAGAGGUCUCCGAGAACGACCUCCGAAACCUGGUAUACUGUGACUUCGCGGACCCCAAGAGCGAGAGUCGUCAUUACGUGCAAGUCGAGGACCUGGAGGGACUUCGCAGCGUGGUGGAGGGGUACCUGCACGAGUUCAAUAACAUGAGCAAGAAACCGAUGAACCUUGUUAUGUUCAAGUUCGCGCUCGAGCACCUGGCGAGGAUCUGCCGCGUCCUUCGCCAGCCCCGAGGCCACGCUAUGCUGGUGGGCGUGGGCGGCAGCGGGCGCCACUCACUCACGCGUCUCGCCGCCCACAUCACAGACUACGAGCUCUUUGAGGUGGAGAUGAGUCGCAGCUACGGCCUGACGGAGUGGCGGGAGGACCUCAAGAUGAUCCUGAAGAAGGCAGGCACAGGGGAGCAGCAUAUCGUGUUCCUGUUCAGCGAUACGCAGAUCAAGAACGAGAUCUUCCUGGAAGCCAUCAGCAGCAUCCUCAGCAUCGGCGAGAUUCCGGGCCUUUAUCCCACGGACGAGAAGCACACCAUCUGCGACAAAAUGAGGAACAUCGACCGCCAGAGGGACAAGAGCAAGCAGACGGACGGAAGCCCAGCUGCGUUGUGGUCGCUGUUCGUGGAGCGCGUGAGGGAGCAGCUGCACGUUGUCCUUGCCAUGUCGCCCUGCGGAGAGGCCUUCAGGAACCGUCUGAGGAAGUUCCCGGCGCUGCUCUCCUGCUGCACCAUCGACUGGUUCCAGGCAUGGCCCGAAGACGCCCUUGAAGCAGUAGCUCUAAGGCUCCUGCAGGGCGUGGAGCUCCCGGCGGAGACGCUGAAGGGGUGCGUGUCCUUGUGCCAGUACUUCCACACUUCCACGCAGGAGCUCUCGGAUAGAUUUUUGACUCACCUUCGUCGAUAUAAUUACGUGACACCUACCUCCUACUUACAGCUACUGGCUACUUACAUGGUUAUUCUUGAGAGACGCAGAGGCGAGGUGAAGAAGCUCGAAUGCCGCUACACGACGGGUCUGGCGCGCCUGGAGGAAGCCGAGACCUCCGUUUUGGCGAUGCAACAGGAAUUGCUCAACUUGCAACCCAUCUUGCUGACGAAGACCCGCGAGGUUGAAGACAAGAUGGCGGUCGUGGAGAAGCGGAGGCAGGAAGUGGCCGAGGUGGAGCGCGUGGUUCGCCAGGACGAGGAGGUGGCGAACGAGGCAGCGGAGGCGGCCAACGGCAUCCGGAAGGAGUGCGAGGCGGAGCUGAACCUGGCGCUGCCCCUGCUGGAGGAGGCGACGGCGGCGCUGAACACCAUCAAGCAGGACGACAUCGUGUUCAUCAAGGCCAUGAAGAACCCGCCGGCAGGGGUUAAGCUCGUGAUGGAGGCCGUCUGCGUGCUGCUGGGCGAAAAACCGGACCGCGUACCUGACCCUCAAGGAACGGGCAAGAUGGUCGAGGAAUAUUGGUCCGUCAGCAAGAGAUUACUCGGGGAUAUCAAGUUCAAGGAGAAUCUCCUGAACUUCGACAAGGAAAACAUCAGUCAGAAGGCGAUCCAGACGAUCCGAUCAAAGUACAGGGAUAAUGAUGAGUUUAAACCGGAGAAGAUCAAGGUGGCGUCUAAGGCGGCGGAGAGCCUGUGCAAGUGGGUGCUGGCCAUGGAGCGCUAUGAGGAGGUGGACCGCAAGGUGGCGCCCAAGCGAGAGGCUCUCCAGCGCGCCGACCAGCAGUACCAGGGCCUGAUGGGGGAGCUGCGGAAGAAGCAGGAGGCUCUGAGGGGCGUGCAGGAGGAGCUGGCCGGGCUGCAGGCCGAGCUCGACACCGUUAAGAAGGAGAAGCUCGAGCUCGAACAGACGGUGGAGUUGUGUAGCAUCAAGAAGGACCGCGCCGAGCAGCUUCUGGCGGCGCUGGGCGGCGAGAAGACCCGCUGGACAGACAACGCCCACCAUCUGGCGCAGGUCUAUAUCUAUCUGACAGGAGACAUGCUUCUGGCCGCGGGUAACAUCGCAUACCUCGGUGCCUUCACCCCAGAGUACCGGGCAGAGCAGAGUGCCAAGUGGCUCCGGGAGUGCCAGGCGCGAGGGGUACCUUGUUCAGGGGAAUUUGUGCUGUCACAGGUAGGGCAGGAAAUGCGCUAUGAAUGUCGUCCACUGUCCGACCCCGACUUCAUCCGCCACGCUCGAGAAUUGCGUGCAGUUCCGGGCAGCCGAUACGGUGCCGGCCUCGAGGACCAGCUGCUCGCUCUCGUUGUGGCCCACGAGAAACCCGAGCUCGAGGAGGAGAGGGUCACGCUCAUGCUCCAGACGGCACAGAAUAAGAAGAACCUGAAGGAGUUAGAGGACCGUAUCCUCUCGACGCUGUCCUCCUCGAAGGGCAGUAUUCUGGAGGACGAGACGGCCAUCAACAUCCUUAGCGACGCCAACCGCCUCGUGAAGGAGACGCAGGAGAAGCAGACGAUCGCGGAGGAGACGGAGAAGAAGAUCAACGCCACCCGCCUUGGAUACCGCCCUGUCGCCGUCACCGCCUCCAUCCUGUUCUUCACCCUAAGGGACCUGGCUGCCCUGGACCCUAUGUACCAGUUCUCCCUCAACUGGUUCGUCAAUCUCUUCUCCAACUCGAUUGAUAACUCGGAAAAGGCGAGUGAGUUGCCCGAUCGACUCAACGCCUUGCAGAGCCACUUCACGCUCAGUCUGUACCAUAACGUGUGCACCGGACUUUUCGAAAAGGACAAGCUCGUGUUUUCCUUCUUGAUGUGUGUGAACCUCCAGCGCGCCGAGAAGAACGUGGACGACGCUGAGUGGCUGUUCCUCCUGACGGGGGGCGUGGCCUUGUCCACUGGCCCCUCCCCAAACCCCGCCCCCGAGUGGCUCCCAGAGACCUCCUGGCAGCAGGUUCAGUGGCUUCACUGCCUCCCGUCGCUUAAGGUGGGAAAGAAAUUGGGCAUAAAUCACAAUCAAAGGAUAAUUGAUGGAUAUUCUGAUUGCAUUUCAUUCAUCUCUCUUUUAAUGCACCAAAUUAUUCUGACCGCAUACACACACGGUGGGAAUAAAGACUCUGAUAACAGAAAAUACGAUAAUGAUACUGACCUUAAUGAUAUCAUUUCCAUAACCAUUCAGCCAAUAAUUAAAAACCCGCCCCGCCUCCUUCAGCACCUCGUGGUUGAGUUCGCGGAGCACCUGGAGGAGUGGCGCGCCGUGUUCGAGUCCGAGACGCCGCAGAAGGAGACGAUCCCGAGCCUGAAGGAGGGCCAGGAGGUGCCCCUCUCCCGCAUGCAGCUGCUGUGUGUCCUUCGGUGCCUCCGCCCGGAUAAAGUGGUGGCCGCUGUGCAGGAUUAUGUCGCGGACCUCCUCGGCAAGGCGUACAUCGAGGCGCCGCCCUUCGACCUGGCCCGCACCUUCACCGACUCCCACUGCUGCCUCCCCCUCAUCUUCCUGCUCACGCCCGGCGCUGACCCGACGGCGCUCCUCCUCAAGUUCGCCGAAGACCAGGGCAUGGGCGGCGAGCGUCUGCAGAGCGUGUCUUUGGGCCAGGGACAGGGACCCGUGGCUCGGAGGCUCAUCGAGGAGGGCGUCAGGAUCGGCACGUGGGUCCUCCUGCAGAACUGCCACCUCGCCAAGUCCUUUAUGCCGCAGCUGGAGAAGCUAUGCGAGGAGCUGAACCCGGAGACGACGCACGCCGACUUCCGCCUCUGGCUGACGAGCUACCCGUCAGCGCACUUCCCGGUCUCCGUGCUGCAGUCGAGCAUCAAGAUGGUGACCGAACCGCCGAAGGGACUGAGGGCGAAUCUCAGGAGGCUCUAUCUCGCGGACCCGCUGUCAGAGCCGGAAUUCCUGACGGGCGAGGGUUCCUCCGAGAAAUUCCGCCGCCUUGUUUACUCCCUCUGCUUCUUCCACGCCGUCGUGCAGGAGCGCCGUCUCUUCGGGCCCCUCGGAUGGAACGUCCCUUAUUCCUUCUCCGACACGGAUCUAAGGAUCUCCGCGCAGCAGCUGAGGAACCUCAUCGAUCCUACUGAGAUUCCCUGGGAAGCCCUCCAGUACCUGACGGCGGAGUGUAACUACGGAGGGAAGGUGACGGACGAGCGAGACCGAAGGACGCUGAGUACGAUCCUGCGCCGCUUUUACAACCCGGAUAUUGUCAAGGGAGAGACGCAUUCGUUCGACCCACAUAACGUGUACACCACGCCCCCCGACGGUGAAUACGCCUCCUACCUGAACCACAUCUCGGAGCUCCCUCGCGACGCCCCGCCCCACGUCUUCGGCAUGAACAGCAACGCCAGCAUCAACAAGGACCAGGCGGAGACCAACAAACUCUUCUCGGCCGUUCUCCUCACCCAGGUGCCGGUCUUUUUUCUAGAGCUCAACCCCCCCCCCUCCCUCCCGCAGGCGACGUCCCUCUCGUCCGGCGGCGGCGGCGACGGCGACGGCGACGCCGUAGGGAGGACCUGCGAGGAGAUCCUGGGCCGCAUCCCGCCGCCCUUCGUGGUGGACGCCGCCCUCGCCAAGUACCCCACCAGGAGGGAGCAGAGCCUCAACACCGUGCUCGUGCAGGAGAUGAGCAGAUAUAACGCCCUCAUCAUCACCAUCUCCAGCACCAUCAGCGCCGUCCUCAGGGCUAUUGAGGGAACGGAAAGCCUGUCGGAGGAGGUGGAGGAGGUGCUCGUAGGAGUGCGCACAGGCCGCGUCCCCGACAUGUGGCGAGCGAGGUCCUACCCGACGCUCAAGGGCCUCGGCUCCUACAUCAACGACCUCGUGCAGCGCCUCCAGUUCCUUCAGAAUUGGUACGAGCUCGGGCAGCCUCGCGUGUUCUGGCUCAGUGGCUUUUUCUUCACGCAGUCCUUCUUAACAGCUGUCUUGCAGAACCAUGCUCGCGCCUACACCCUCGCCAUCGAUCAGCUGUGGUUCCAUUUCCAGGUCUGUGACGUCGACGAGGCCAGCCCCGCCCCCGACGUCGGGACCUACAUCCGGGGUCUGUACCUCGAGGGCGCGCGCUGGGACCACUCGACAGACCGCCUGGAGGAGGCCCUGCCGAGGCGCCUUCACGAGAACAUGCCGCCGAUCUGGUUGAAGCCAAUGGUUCGCGAGGAGAUACCUGCCACGACCUCCUACUCCUGCCCGGUGUACAAGACGAGCGAGCGACGCGGAAACCUCACCACGACGGGGCACUGCACGAACUACGUGAUUUCAGUCAGGAUCCCUACCCAUCUCUCGGAGGACCAUUGGACUCUCAGGGGCGUGGCGCUCCUGUGCUCGCUGUCUGAUUAAAGGAGGAAGAAGGAGAGGUGGUGGGAGGAAGGGAG